AUGGAUUUGGAAUGUCCCAAACAACCACCUCCAUAUUAUACACGUGUUCUUCAUUCCAUCGCAUUUAUCUCAUUUCCAAUCAAUUUUCUUGGAUGUUAUUUGAUUAUUUUCAAAUCACCGUCUAAUUCUAACUACAAAUAUCGACAACUUUAUCUACAGGUUAGAUACAAUUGGGGGAAUCCUUUGAAAUCUCUGUAUUUCAUUUUAGAUAGUCACAUUUCUUGUCGAAAAUCAUAUGACAUGGAUUGGUGGUGGAUAUUAUUAUUACCCAUUGUUUGGUGGUUUCAACACUUCACCAUUUUUGAGUCAUAUCAUUUCUGCUCAUACAAGUGUCGUUGGUUUAGUUUUUGUAUUAGCUUUCGAACUUCCUUCCUUAAUCAGUUGUUUUCAAUAUCGAGCAUCGUCAGCAGCAGAUUUGAAUCCGGUAGGUAACACGAUUCAACAUCAUCAGAAGCAAAUCCGUUGACGUUAUUACCCAGGAGGUCUGGGAAAGUGUUUUCCAGUGGCUUUUGUGUCUUUAAAAUUCAAAAUUCUUAUAGAGACAAAAAAUUCCACCGUUAUUGACAUAUGUUAUGACAGUAAUCGGUCAUUGUUUUCCAUUUGUUGUUGCUAUUUCAAUUCUUCUUUCAAAACCAUCUUACGAAGAACAAUACACUUACGUAUCUCAACAUUUUCCAAAAUGUUUACAUGUUUUUGAUAAUGUCGGUUUCAUAGUUUAUGAUUGGCGGACAAAUUUAGGAUUGAUUAUUGCAGCAGCUUGCGCUGUUACUUGGAUUGCUGUAUUUUCAUGGUUAGUUUGUAACUUUGGAAUUUUUAAAGGGGCCGCGACUGACCCGUUUCAUUCAUUAUUUUUCAGUUACGCAUUUGGUUUAGCUGUUUAUACUAUGCUAACUUUACACGCAAUGCGCAGUCAUAUGUCAGCUGCAACUUUCAAACUUCACCGCUCCGCUCUUAUCGCUCUCACAUUUCAAUGUGUUGUUCCUUCCAGUUUUAUCAUAACACCACUUUCUAUUAUUGGUCUUAUACUUUUACUAGAAUUGUCGGCUUUACAAGGUAUUUUAUCUGGUAAUAUGAAUAUUCUCAUAGUUGAAAUCAGUUUUCAGAACUAGCCACUGAUUCUUGGUUUCUCCUUGCUGCUCAUUCGGUUGUAUCAACAAUUGUAAUGAUUGGUUGUAAUGGAAGAUACAUGGGAAUUGUUAGGGAUUUUUUGAAGGGUACUAAAACUGUUAAGUGAGUUGACUAGUUUCAUCUGAAUUGUGAAAGAGUUUUUCAGAAGCACUAAUGUAUCGGUUACAGUAAAAAGUAUCAAUGGUAAUCAUCAUUCUAUUGGAUCACGUAUCUGA